CCGCUAAAAACACAUUCACUUGUUUUUCCUUCUACACUCAUCCACGUUCCAUGCGUAGGAAAGAACCUCAAAACCAAAGAAUAAGAAAAAACCAAAAGAAAAUUCGAAAAAAAACGACAUCAAUAUUCUCUCCUGCUUCCACACUGCGCGCGCUUAGGCUUCUCUCAUCCAUGCAAACGCCCACCAAUGUCUUCGCUAAACUCAAACCGGAGAACUCCCAAACGCUACCGCCACCGCCACCGGCGCCGCAUAUCACCCCGUCGGCGCUCAUCGUCUUCACCGUCGCCGUCGUCGUCUUCUGCUUCGUGGGGUUCAGCUUCCUCUUCUUCUGCAGGUGUUGCUUCGUCAACAUCUCAGCGUCAAACACGCUCCUUCGUCUCUCUCCCAAUGCUUCUCCUUAUAGGGGGCUCGACCCUUCUCUUCUGCAAGCGUUUCCCACGUUCCUCUACGCCGCCGUGAAGGAUCUCCGCAAGGAGAAGAAGUACUCGUUGGAAUGCGCCAUUUGUUUGUUGGAGUUCGACGAAGAUAGCAUGCUGAGACUCUUAAACGUUUGCUACCACGUUUUCCACCAAGAGUGCAUUGACCUAUGGCUCCGUUCUCACAAGACUUGCCCCGUUUGUCGCACGGAUCUUGAGCUACAAACCAACGAAUUGCAGAAGCCUCAGGAACACGACGGGGAGAAUCUCCACCGUGCAGAAGAAGAGCACGUGGAUCACGUGUGCAUUGACGUGAAAGAAGGUGAUGCGGAUGGGACACGUAGCGGUGGUGAUGACGUCGAGGAUGUGAACAUGCAGCAGCAGAAGUUUGCACGGUCGCACUCGACGGGGCAUUCCAUUGUUAUGGUUAGAGAAGGAGAUGAAGGAAGAGACGGUGGUGAUGAUGAUGAUAAAUACACGUUGAGAUUGCAGGAGCAUGUGGAGUUGAAAAUUUUAAAGGGAGGGCACGGUUACUCCAAGAGUUGUUCUAGUUACAGAGAUAUGGCGAGGCUUGCUGCGCCUUGCAGUAAUUGUGGUUAUGUUCAAACUGUAUUUGAUAGCUCUUCGCUUAAUGGGAUUAAAAAUAUUUAACUUUCUUCUUCCUUUUCUAUUCUAAUUUCUAGGGGUUAUUUUUUUAUUUUCAUCUUUUUUCUGCUACAAUCUUUUUUAUCUUUUGCUGUUCAAAAUGUGCUUUAAGAUUACUCAUA